AUGGAAGCUCAUCGGGUAUUAAAGAAGGCCGGCUACAUUGUUGAAUCUUAUGGAACUGGUUCUGCUGUUCGUUUACCAGGGUCCAGUAUAGACCGUCCAAAUACCUAUUCGUUUGGUACACCAUAUAAAACCAUGUACAACGACCUAUCCAAAAAGGAUAUACGACUAUAUACAGCAAAUGGUGUAUUGACGAUGCUUGAUCGAAAUCGCAAGAUUAAAGAUCAUCCUGAGCGUUGGAUUGAACAUAAAAGGAUAUUUGACGUAGUUUUCACAUGUGAAGAACGAUGUUUUGAUGCUGUCUGUUAUGAUCUAAUGAAUAGAGGUGCCAACAUCAAUAAACUAGUGCAUGUUAUCAAUGUUGAAAUUAAAGAUAACCACGAAGAAGCCUAUGUUGGUGCUCGAGGUAUUCUUGAUCUUGCAAAUAGGUUUUCGGAAGCGAAAGACCUAGAUACAGAAAUAAUGAGUAUCUUGACUUUAUGGCAAGACGAUCAUAAAAAUCUACCUGUUUUAUAUUCCCCAGCAUACUUUUAA